CUUCUCCCCGGCUGCUGCCGCCGCUCCUGCGGGGCCCUAAAGCCGCCCGCGUCAAGAGGAUGGUGCGGCUGGCGGCGGAGCUGCUGCUGUUACUGGGGCUCCUGCUGCUCACCUUGCACAUCACCGUGCUGCGGGCCACGCCCGGCCCCCCGCCGGCCAACGGCACCCACGGCCCGCCGCAGAACACCCUGGGUGCAGAUGGCCAUUCUGCUCCCAAAACCAGCUUCACAUUAAACCCCAAGGACAGAAGACAAUAUCCUGACCACCAGGCAGCACACAGGCCAUUCCCCAAACAGCGAUUCAGGCAGGAAAAUGGACACACAUCAUUACAAAGAGAUGGACCCAGAUCCUUCCUCCUGGAUCUCCCAAACUUUCCUGACCUGUCAAAAGCAGACAUCAAUGGGCAAAACCCCAACAUUCAGGUUACCAUAGAAGUGGUUGAUGGCCCUGAUACUGAACCAGAGAAAGAUCUGCACAAAGAGAACAGCAAGCCUAGCUGGCCAGUCCCAUCCCCUGACUGGAGGAACUGGUGGCAGACGUCAUCCACCUUGACUCGCAUGAGUAGCGGUGACCAGGACUACAAGCAUGACAGCACCACUGAAGAUAGCAACUUCCUAAACCCUCUUGGUGGGUGGGAUAGGCAAGCGCCCAACCACCGGACUUUUGAAUCCAAGGAGCAGCCAGAAUAUGAUUAUAUUGAUGGAGAGGGAGACUGGAGCCCAUGGUCCAUUUGUAGCGUAACCUGCGGGAAUGGCAAUCAGAAACGAACCAGGUCCUGUGGAUAUGCCUGCACAGCCACGGAGUCGAGGACAUGUGAUAGGCCAAACUGCCCAGGGAUAGAAGACACCUUCAGGACAGCUGCCACAGAAGUGAGCUUACUUGCAGGAAGCGAAGAGUUCAAUGCCACCAAGCUAUUCGAAGUUGAUACUGAUAGUUGCGAAAGAUGGAUGAGCUGCAAAAGUGAGUUCUUGAAGAAAUACAUGCACAAAGUGGUUAAUGACCUACCCAGCUGCCCUUGCUCCUACCCCACAGAAGUCGCUUACAGCACUGCUGAGAUCUAUGAUCGGAUUAAGCGGAAAAACUUUCGCUGGAAAGAUGCAAGUGGGCCAAAGGAAAAAUUGGAGAUCUACAAGCCCACAGCCCGAUAUUGUACCCGCUCUAUGCUUUCCUUGGAGAGCACAACUCUAGCUGCGCAGCACUGUUGCUAUGAUGACAAUAUGCAGCUGAUUACUAGGGGGAAAGGGGCGGGCACACCAAACCUGAUCAGCGUAGAAUUCUCUGCAGAGCUCCAUUACAAAGUCGACAUUUUGCCUUGGAUUAUAUGCAAAGGAGACUGGAGCCGAUACAAUGAAGCACGGCCCCCGAACAAUGGUCAGAAAUGUACAGAAAACCCUUCAGAUGAAGACUAUUACAAGCAGUUUCAGGAAGCAAGGGAAUACUGAAGGGAUUGUCCUCCUCAGACAGGAAAAUGGGGAUCAUUUCCAUAGAUGGCAUAAAACUGCAUUGGCUGCGUUAUCUAUUUGAAAUGGGGUUGAUCAGUAUCUUUAGUAUGAGUGUAUAUAUUUGUAUAUAGUACAUGUGUAUUUUUCUCUGUGUGUGUAAUUUAUAUAUGCAUAUAUUUCACACACACACACUUCUCUGCAUACAAACAUACACAAAACCUUUAAUGAGAGAAGCUUAUAUAGCAAUAAAAUGCAUUUUAUUUCAAAAGAAAGAAACCCCCCCCUGGGAAAAAUAGUGUGAAUAAAUUCUUGCUGAAUAAAGGGCUUGAUACCAAUUUUUACAUCAGUGUAAAUCAGUAAAGCUCUGGUCCUGCUCCCAUUAAAGUCAAUAACAAAGCUCCUAUUGAUUUUAAAUGAUGCACAAUUGGUCCCUAAUGGCAGGGUAAAGCUAGGGGAAGUGAAAUGCGAAUCAGGCUCAAAGGCCCUGAUUCAGCAAAGCACUUAAGCACAUGCUUAAAUCCAUUAUAGUCAAUGCGACUUAAGCAUGUGCUUAGAGAUAAGCACAUACUUACCUGCUUUGCCACAUGGACAGGUUUGGGGGGUUUUUUGCAUCAGGGCUAAAGAGCCUAAACUCUCAAACAGUUUUU